AUAUGUACAUCGCUCUAUUUAAAUGUGAACAUGUGUACAUCGCUCUAUUUAAAUGUGUACAUGUGUACAUCACUCUAUUUAAAUGAGAACAUGUGUACCUCGCUCUAUUUAAAUGUGUACAUUGCUCUAUUUAAAUGUGUACAUCACUCUAUUUAA